UACAUAGUUUACUCACAAUGCCACGUCUGAAAGGAACAGUUGUGUUCUCGGCGUUUGAAAAAGAAUUCUUCCUAGCAUUAAUUAAAAAGAAUGAGAAGGUUAUAUUCAGAAAGGCUAAUAGCACGAAUGAAAUACUUGAAAAAGAAAAGGUGUGGACAAAUUUAACGACGGAGUACAAUUGCAGGAAAGAAGUCCACCCAAGGACCACUCAACAGUUGAAAGUACUUUGGAAGAAUUUAAAGACGCGAGCAAAAAGCGACGUCGCGGCGAUUCGGGGAAAGCACUCGGAGACGGAUAGGCACGCAAAUAAUGUCAACCAAAUCGGAUAUUACUCUGAACAAGUAUGUUCGAUUGUUAAGACUGAGCCAUGCAGCUUUUCAAACGACUACAACGACGAUACCAAUGUUCACCAGGAUAACACAGUAGUUCCUGAAGCAAAACAUGAGGAAUUCAGCGAUAACGGACAUGUCGGAACGUCAAUCGGUUCAAGCAACUUGGGAAUCAUUAACCAUCCAUCUGAGUUUUUGAGCCAAACUUCUGCUUCUUCCGGCCAUUCUUUUGUCAGUGAUUUACCUGUAAAAUCUCAACCUGCCAAGGUUAUAGAAACACCCUUCCAUGUAUUCAACCCAAGUGCCGAAAUAGGUAUCCUGGAGAAGCAUGAACAUGAUGUCAAAGUUAAACUCCUACUUGAAAAGCAUGCUUAUGAAAUGGACUCGUUAAAAAUGAAAAAACGCCAUGAACAAGAACUUUUUGAGCAACAAAUGAAAGUUAUGAAAUUGCAGGAAAAGGAAAUGAUAUGUAAAUUGUAUGUGUAA